AUGGCCUCGCCACCAGUCCCCCGGAAAGCCUCGGGGGACGCCAGGAAAGGUUCUGCGGGGUCCUGGAAGGGUUCAGGAGAAACUAGAAAGGGCUCUAGAGACAGCAGGAAAGUGUCUGAUGAGACGAAUGACUCAGAAGAGGUCCCGAGGGAUCCUGGCCAGGCCAGGAAGCGUCCUCAUGGCAGGAGGAAGAGCUCCUCACGGAAGCGGUCUGUUGGGCCCACGAAGUCGAGUUUUAGCGAGGACAGAAGGGUUUCAGCCGAUACCAGGAGGGUUUCCGAUGAUACCAAGAGGGUUUCCGACGAUACCAGGAGGGUUUCCGACGAUACCAAGAGGAUUUCCGCCGAUACCAGGAGGGUUUCCGCCGAUACCAGGAGGGUUUCCGAUGAUACCAAGAGGGUUUCCGCCGAUACCAGGAGGGUUUCCGAUGAUACCAAGAGGGUUUCCGCCGAUACCAGGAGAGGUUCAGCCAGUACCUGGGGAGAUUCAGCUGAUAGCAGGAGAGGUUCAGCCAGUACCUGGGGAGAUUCAGCUGAUAGCAGGAGGCCUUCGGCCCAUACCAAGCGGGGUUCCAGUGAGAACAGGAGGAGUUCAGAAGAGGACAGGAGCAGUUCGUCCUCCAUCUUUGCCAGUGUGCGACCCAACAAGGUGCCCUGGGUUACCCUGAUGAGAGCCUUGGGUCGGUUCAAGCUGUCCCUCCCAGAUAUCCGUCGGGACCACAUGCUGACCUCCCGCGACCCCUUGGCCCUAGAGAAUGAACUUCCGCCACGUGUGAAGCAGCACAAGGCAGUAGUGACGAGACUGUGGGGAAACCACCAACCUCUCUCCAAGAUCCCAUAUAAAAUCCUGGUCGGGCACAACCACAUGGUGAGCUCCUGCCACUUCUGUAUGGAUGACACGAGGCUCCUCAGCUCCUCCUACGACUGCUCGGUGAAGCUGUGGGACGCUGCGGAUGGAACCGUGGUUUGGGAUUUUGAGCCACGCCCCAAAGCUCCCGUCUUAGGAUGCAGCAUCACGGCUGACAACAGAAGGCUCGUCGCAUCGUCUUAUGACAAAACCGUGAGAGUGUGGAACGUUGAGACAGGUCAGCUUUUGUGGAAAGUCAGGCACGAUACCUUCGUAGUGUGCUGCAAAUUCUCUCCGGAUGGGAAGUACGUGCUGGCGGCCUUGGACGUAGAUCGCGGGAUCUGCCUAAUGGAUCCAGAAAACAUCACCACCGUGAUCCACAUCAAAGAUCAUCAUAAAAGGUCCAUCACAUCAUGCUGCUUUGACCCUGACAGCCAAAAGGUGGCUUCUGUGUCGAUGGACAAGUGUAUCAAGAUCUGGGAUAUCACAUCCCAAGCCACGCUGUUUACCAUACCCAAGGCACACACCAAUGCCAUCUCAGACUGCUGCUUCACCUUCAGCGGCCACUUUCUGUGUACCUGCUCCUGGGAUAAAAACAUAAAGAUAUGGAAUGUCCACACGGGGGAGUUUCGAAGCCGCGGAGCCUGUGCGACGCUGAUGAAGGGCCACGAGGGCUGCGUGAGUUCCUGCUGCAUUUCCAGAGACAGCUCCUAUCUCAUUUCCGGUGGGUUUGACAAGACUGUGGGUAUUUGGGACGUAGGCGAUGGCUACCAGAAGUUGUCACUGAAGGGCCAUGAUGACUGGGUGACGGACGUUGCUAUUAGCAACAACAAGAAGUGGAUCCUCUCCGCUUCCAAGGACAACUCCUUGAGACUAUGGAAUAUUGAAGAAAUUGACAAAAUUCCUUUGGUAUCGGAGAAAAGAAAGACCAUGGGCUUCAACGUCAAGCAGUGCACGCAUUGCAGCCAGCUCUUCUCCGCCUUCGAAAGCGACGACGCUUCUAAGCUGCCCAACCGGUGUAUGUUCUGCCAGAGAGAGAACUUAUCACCCAGCUCUUCCUCCUCGUCCUCACAGGAGAAUAGGGAAAACUGA